AUGCCCAUCUGGCAGCCAGGUGAUGACCUGUUGAAGGGGCUUCCCCACAGCGGCCUUCAAGAGAUGCUCGACGAGGGCCUCGAUCCGUUGGGUAUCAUCCAUCGCCAAGAUAAUCAUCAUCAGGAUGGCUGGAUAGAUCACGUACCUCAGGUCGCUCAUCCGGAAGUCGUAGAUAAUGGUCAAAAUCAAGCACUAGGUAUAUUCCACUCAAGUCCAACGUUAUCACUAUCCAAUCUCGAGGAAGAACUCCACAAUGCCAUGGAAGUUCCUGCUCGAACCCAUCUAGUUGGAAGUGAUGGUUUAGAUUUCUUGGGUAUCCACGAUCAAGAGAAUCAUGACCAGUAUGGCUGGAUAGAAAAACCUCAGGUCUUGCAUCCAGACUUGGUAAAUGACAGUGAAAAUGGAGACUCCUACGAAGCUGAUUCAGAAGCCAAUGAUACAUCACUAGGUUUAUUCUACUCAAGUUCGUCAUUAUCAUUGGCCAAUCUAGAUACAGAGCUUAGUAAUGCUUUGGAAGUUCCUGCUCAAACCCAUUUCCAAGUAGUGGGAAAUGAUGGUCUCGAUUCAUUGGGUAUCUACGGCCAAGAGAAUCAUGAGCAGUAUGGCUGGAAAGACGGACCUCAGGUCUCUCAUCCAGACUUGGUAAAUCAUGGUGAAAAUGAAGGUUUACUCUACUCCAGCUCAGCAUUCCCAUCAGCCAACUUCGAGGAAGAACUUCGUGAUGCUUUGGAAGUAGUGGGAAGUCAUCAAUGGACCCAUACCGAUCAACUGCAUUGGUUAGAAGAUCGCACACUUCCUGAUUUAGGCUUUGCGAUAGAAGGAGUUCGAGAUGAACUGGAAGAGAUCUGGCAUACCGAUCCUGCAUUUGAAUCGAGCUUAAUCUCUCGCAAAGAAUCAAGCAAAGCCCAACCUAGUUCACCAGAUCAAUCCGACGAAGCAGAACCAUCCAUUCACUCAGAGUUAGAUGAAAUCCCGAUGAACCAAGACUUUCUUGCGAGUGAUAAGGUCGAUCGAUUUCGGAAAGAGAAGCAAUACAUCCGGAGAUUUUUCGCCAAACAUCAAAGCAGGAAAUUAGGCUGGAUAGAGCAUCCAUCUUUAUCAACUUUUACCGAGAAAUUUCUGGAAGAGUAUGAUGCUCUACAGCUUGGUAAAAUAUGCCAUCGGAUUGGUCUAUCAACCAGUGUGAACAUUGAAAAUCUACCGGUUUGCAAAUACCACGGUUGCAUCCGUCCUGUUGUUCAAUCAACUGGUAAAAUAGUCCAACGCCAAUCUUUCUAUCGUCACAUAAAGAAGUUGGUCACUUGGGCAAUCUACCUCAAUACUGCUGUCUUGAGGAGACUUACUCAAGAAUCACUUUCCAAAAAUGAAACUUUUUCGCAUCAUCAAUUGACUGAUUGGCUAGUGAAAGAAAUCUUCCAUCCUAAGCACAGCUUCCCUGUGUGUGCAUCCUGA